GUUGUGGAGUUACUAUAAGUUUUAAUAUGAGGUAGGAUGAAUUUUAAGUUUUGGAUAACCCAGUCGAAUGAGAACUUUGAUUUGAUCAAAAAAAAAUUUGAUAUGGUCCUAUAAACAACAACAAAGCAACGGAAAUGAAAGAAGGUGAAACCAACCAACAGAAAACAACAACACGACGACUGGUAAGCAGCGAAGCUGAGAAAGUAGUAAUAGCAGUGAAAAAAGAAUAUCGUCGGAUUCCAGCUCAUCUUCGACUUUCGGUGAUGACCCCACCGAUGUAAACCCUAAUUUCGAUCCCAAACUAAUGGAUGAACGGUUUGGUUUGUUGACAUUGACUGAAUCGGUCGGAUUGGAACAUAAUCAUCGUGAAAAUGGCGAUGGAAUCGCUAAUGGAUCACUGAAUCAUGAGAGAAUCAAUGACGAUGACAAAGACGAUGAUCGAUUACGAGUGAAGAAUGAGGAAAUGUUUGGCGAUAAAGGGUUUUUGAGUCCCAGCAGUAGCAGAUACGCCGCUGAGAGAGGGAGCAGCAGCGCAACGAGCACGUCCAGGAUCGAUGAAGCUAGUGAGAUUGACGAUAGUGAGAUUCAGGUAAUGAGAGACGAUGGGUCACUUGAAGAAAUCACCAAUUCUCAGGCUUCUUCUUGGGUGUCCGGUAAACGCCACGUCGAUGAGGAUGAUGCUUCGAUAUCAUGGAGGAAGCGAAAGAAGCACUUUUUUAUUUUGAGUAAUUUUGGCAAACCAAUAAAUUCCAUAUAUAGUGAUGAACACAAGCUAGCUAGUUUUUCAGCAACACUUCAAGCUAUUAUUUUUUUUAUGGAGAAUGAGGGAGAUCGUGUCAAAUUGGUGAAGGCUGAGAAACACCAGGUAGUCUUUCUUGUGAAGGGACCAAUUUAUUUAGUUUGCAUUAGCUACAUAGAGGAUCUUUUUGAAUCAUUAAAAGGAUAA